AUGGAGAUUCCAACUAACUACAGCCUGUCAAUCAAUCUAAGUCAGAGCCUGGAUACUUCUGGAUAUAACCUGAUAGAAGAAAGACAAGUAAUCGCACUGAGAGAAAUCUAUAAUAUUGUCAUUCCGACAGUGUGCGUUUUUGGAUUUGUGGGAAAUAUUCUCAAUGUGUUUGUGUUUUCCUGGAAAAGACACCAACGGAUUAUGGAUGAAAUAGAGCGUUGCACGACAACAUUCGUGGCUUUGGCGCUGUCUGAUAUGAUGUUCUGCCUGUGCGCUUUUCGCGCCUUCAUGUCAGAGAACUGUUUUAGUCGUUCUCAGUUCAUGUUGUACUACAACGCCCUCAGUGUCGGAGUGAUUGACUUCUUUAUUCUCACCAGUACAAUGCUGACCGUCAUCACUGCCAUUAUGCGCUACUUGGCUAUCUGUCACCCUUUUCAGUCCAGUCGUUUCGUCUCGAUGAAGUCCACUAUUUCCUCACUGAUUAUUGUCUGCCUCCUCGCACUGAUUGUGAGCUUACCCAAGCUUCUGGCGCUACAGGAUGGAGCAAGGACUGUGACCAGGGGCAUGUCGUUUUGCACCAUGAAUCACCUGCUUGACUCAAAGAUGUUUGAAAAUGCUUAUCGUCUCAUCUGGGCUAUUGUGGGAAACUUCAUCCCAUUGGCUGUGCUGUUGUACUGUAACGUCAGACUAAUUGUGGCGCUGCGACAAAGUAAACAACUGAGAAUAUACCACAGUCGAGACCACGACACCUAUUCUGCUGCACACCGCAGAAUAACCAUUACUUUAGUGACCAUAAUCAUAUUCUUCCUGAUGCUCGUCGCCCCGUCAGAAAUCUCCAAGUUUGUCCUGCAAAUGCAAGCAGGACCUGGAAAAAAUUACACAUUCCAGAAAGUCUCUUUGAUCACCAACAUGUUGCAGUCCAUCAACUUUUCAGUCAACUUUAUCCUUUAUUAUGUCAUCAUCGCACCCUUCCGCAGAGCCUUACACGAGUUCUGCUGCUUCAAAAAGCGAGACUGCAACACCAGCAAGAACUCUAAGAACUACUGCUCCACCAAGAGCAGUACAAAGCAUACAGUGCUGCUGAUGGCCGUGAGAGAGAACGGUAUGGUAGCGUCACAGGCCACAUGA